AUCCCCACCUCGGCGAUCCUAGCUAUGGUUCACCAGAUUCAUUACUUUAUUAACACUGGAGCUUCCCCUCCCCUUCCCCCAAUCUUUUCUUUCUCUUCCUCUUCUCCUCUCCAUCUCCCCUCUUUUUACCCCUCUUUACCUUCUUAAUCUCACAUCAUGGCUGAUCUUUUCACCACCAUCGAGACCCCUCUCGCCAAGUACGAGCAGCCUCUGGGCUUGUUCAUCAACAACGAGUGGGUCAAGGGUGUCGAAGGCAAGACCUUCGAGACCAUCAACCCCACGAACGAGAAGCCUAUUGUCUCCGUUCACGAAGCUACGGAGAAGGAUGUCGACAUUGCCGUCGCGGCUGCCCGCAAGGCCUUCGAGGGCCCCUGGGGUCAUGUCACUCCUCACGACCGUGGCCGCUUCCUGACCAAGCUGGCUGACCUGUUCGAGCGCGAUGCGGACAUCCUGACCGCCAUCGAGGCCCUUGACAACGGCAAGUCGAUCUCCAUGGCCAAGGGUGAUGUUGGCGCUGCUGCCAAGUGUUUGCGCUACUAUGGUGGCUGGGCCGACAAGAUCCACGGUCAGACCAUUGACACAAACAACGAGACCUUCGCCUACACCCGCCACGAGCCCAUUGGUGUUUGCGGUCAGAUCAUUCCCUGGAACUUCCCUCUCCUCAUGUGGUCUUGGAAGAUCGGCCCCGCUCUGGCCACUGGUAACACCGUCGUCCUCAAGUCGGCCGAGCAGACUCCCUUGUCUGCCCUCUACGCCGCCAAGUUGGUCCUCGAGGCUGGCAUUCCCGCUGGUGUGGUCAACGUCAUCUCUGGCUUCGGUCGUGUGGCCGGUGCCGCUAUCUCCAGCCACAUGGAUAUUGACAAGGUUGCCUUCACUGGUUCUACCCUGGUUGGCCGCACUAUCAUGCAGGCCGCUGCCAAGAGUAACCUAAAGAAGGUGACGCUGGAGCUGGGUGGCAAGUCCCCCAACAUUGUCUUCAACGAUGCCGACAUUGACAACGCCAUCACCUGGGCCAAUUUCGGUAUCUUCUACAACCACGGUCAGUGCUGCUGCGCCGGUUCCCGUCUCUUGGUUCAGGAGGGUAUCUACGACAAGUUCGUCGCUCGCCUGAAGGAGCGUAGUGCUCAGAACAAGGUCGGCAACCCCUUCGAGAAGGACACCUUCCAGGGUCCUCAGGUCUCCAAGCUCCAGUUCGAUCGCAUCAUGGAGUACAUCGACCACGGCAAGCAGGCUGGUGCCACCGUUGCCAUCGGUGGUGAGCGCCACGGCAAUGAGGGUUACUUCAUCCAGCCCACUGUCUUCACUGAUGUGACCGAGGACAUGAAGAUUGUGCAGGAGGAGAUCUUCGGCCCUGUUAUCACCGUUCAGAAGUUCAAGGACGUCGAGGACGCCAUCAAGAUUGGUAACAACACUUCCUACGGUCUUGCCGCUGGUAUUCACACCAAGGAUAUCAACACCGCCCUCCGCGUGGCCAACCAGAUGCGUGCUGGUACCGUCUGGGUCAACAGCUACAACAUGCUCGACACUCAAGUGCCGUUCGGUGGUUUCAAGGAAUCCGGUAUUGGUCGCGAGCUUGGCUCGUACGCCUUGGAGAACUACACUCAGAUCAAGGCUGUGCACUUCCGCCUGACUGAUGCUCCUUUCGCUUAAGUGGAGUGAAUGAGACUGUGGAGUGACUCGCUACGGUGACGGGUUAUUGAGGUUCUAAGCUUUGGUUGCACGUAGCCAUGACUGGUUCAUGUAAAACAAUUUCUAGGAUACGAAUUUACGAGAUUUUCACAAUUCAUGCUUAUUUUUCGUCGGCGUAUUAUGUUCUACAGGCGAGCUCCGUAGCCGAUUAUACCACGAAGCUUAGGCUACC